AUGUACUUCUCCGCGCUCCUUCUGACCCUUGCAGCUACUGCGUCGGCCAUCGAUGUCAGGGCUUACACUAGCAGUGGCUGCGACGGGGGCUGGGUAGGCUGCGCGAACAUCAAUCCCAACAUCCCAAGCAGCUGGCGCAUCCGCGGCGAGGCUAACACGGGCGGUGGCUGCUCAUUUCUCGCGAACCAGCAAGACUCGAACGGCAACACAGACAUAUGCAUGUCGUACUCGUCGCGCGGCGACCGCACAGGGGGCAGCUACUGGUUUGUCGGCCGCAAGCGCGCCGACGACGAGUCGUGCCCCGCCGAGCAGCCAGGUAGCGGAAAAUGCGAAGCCAGCGUUAAGCCCGACACGCUUGGCCUUGCGGAUGGCACUAAGUACAGCAUAAUCGGCCUGACGGAUGAGAAGGUCCAGGAGUUGGAGAACAUUGCCAACACUGGCGCUAGUGCCGACGCCGUGCCCGCCGAGUUCCAGAUCCUGCGCCGCUAG